UUUUUACUUCCUCCCUGUCUUCCUCGCUCGCGGACAGUGAAAGCUGCGCUGACGGCUCGCGGUAGAGCGCGCGCGGAGAUUCAGAAUAUUAUAACGGAGCUUUUCGUCCUGGACCUUUUCACGCGCAUUCAGAGGCGCUAUCGAAACCCUGAAGGAGUACCUUAAGCCUGAUCACUUUCCUUCAGAUGCUGGAUCGCUGGUUGCAGUUGCGGAGCGGUUGUUAGCCAUCUGCCGGGGCUAACAUGGAGCGAGAGGGCUCAUUUAGGAGGAUCUCAAGGAGCCUCCACAGCAAACUGUGGCUGGGCACCAGCUCAUCCUCCAGCCUCACUGACCUCUCGCAGGCAAAAAGUUCACCAGGAGGUGGGGAGAAAGGAGGGACAGCUGGGGGGCCGUCAGAGGAGUGUGGGAGGAACAAAGAGACUCAGCAGAGGAGGGCCGGUGCCAACGCCACCUGGAACAGCAUCCACAAUGCAGUGGUCUCGGUUUUCCAGAGGAAAGACCUGGGAGAAAAUGAGCUCUACACCCUGAAUGAAGGCGUCAGGCAGCUCCUGAAGACUGAGCUGGGCUCCUUCUUCACAGAGUACCUGCAGAAUCAGCUCCUCACCAAAGGCAUGGUCAUACUGAGGGACAAGAUUCGCUUCUAUGAAGGUCAGAAGCUGUUGGACUCUUUGGCAGACACGUGGGAUUUCUUCUUCUGUGAUGUUCUGUCCAUACUGCAGGCCAUCUUCUACCCUGUGCAGGGAAAGGAGCCUUCAGUGCGUCAACUUGCUCUCCUCCACUUCAGGAACAUCAUCACCCUCAACCUGAAACUGGAUGAGGCAUUGUCUCGACCUCGAGCCAGAGUUCCCCCCUCCAUCAUUCAAAUGCUGAUGAUACUACAGGGAGUCCAUGAAUCCAAAGGUGUAACAGACGACUACCUUCGUCUGGAGUCUCUCAUCCAGAAGGUAGUCUCUCCAUAUCUGGGGACUCAUGGUUUAUACUCCAGAGACGAAUCCUCCAAUUUGCACUGCUCAUCCUGCUUGUUAGAAAAGAAGUUGCAGUACUCAAGGGCUCCCAAAACACACAGCUUUCCCACUAUGAAGAAUCCAGUGGUCCGCUCUAAGAGCUACAACGUUCCCAUGCUGACUCCUGUUGUUGAGUAUGACAUAGACUCAUCCUCAGGUGGCAGCACGGGCAUCAGACGCCACUCCGUCUGUGAGAUGUCAUCUUGCAUGGAGGAGAGCAGCUCAAUGAAUAAAUGCGCUGCCAGGAUGACUGAUGACACCAGCGUUUCAAACUCCUCCACAGCGUCAACCACCUCUGCUGCACUGACAGACACUUUAACAUCCAGUCAAGACCUCCAGCUCCGAGACAAUGACAGCCCCUCCAUGCUCCACCCUCUCAAACCACAGCAGCCCUCUCCCAGCAUCCUCCCUGAUCCGUCUCCAGCUGAGGACGCUCAUUGUACUGACUCACUGGAGUUUGACUCUCCAUCAUCCUCCAAGGUUCUUGCACAAGACACGAGUUCUGAUCCCAGUCCGGCGUCCAGCAUAGAGAUGACGGCGGACCACAACACGGAGUCUCUGGACUCAGAGCUGGAACCAGACGGGAUCUUUCUGGACUUCUCGCAACACUGCUCAGGGGACGCAACGCACAGCAGAGACAGUGACAGGCAGAGUGUCGCCUGACACACACACAGGCGCACACAGUUCAUUAUUUAAAGCGUUAACACUGCUGAGCCGUGAGAGAUUUUCCUUGCACUAUGUGAUCAGUAGUUUUCUAAAGACUCUACAUUAUACAGAUCUUUUCAAGCUGAAGUAUUUUUCUAUGUUGAAUCACUAAAUAUGUGAGGCAUUUUUGUCCCUAAUGUGAUAUUAUCUUGUUUUAUUAUAUUUGAAAUCUGGGUAAAACAAACAAGUAAUUAUAAAAUUAAAACUUUACAUUUAUUUUUUAAGCACAAACCUCAAACUAUUUUGAUAAUUGUUUGUAAUUUUCUGUGUUUUCAAAUGUUAAACUAUUACAUCACCACUGUGCCUUUGGCUGGAUUAACUUUGUAGAUCUGUUCAAAAACUACAGUCUUUUGCGUAUGAUCUGUGAAGAAUUUUAAUGUCUAAUGGUUUUCUGUAACUGUCAUGUUUCCAUAAUGUUAGCAUCUCUAUCAAAGUGUCAAUUUAGUCCAGUAAAGUGAAUGUCACUGCAAAUUUGUGAACCUGUGAAAUCAAAUUUUAGCAAGUUGGCUCUUAUUUGAAGAUAUUGCUGCAAUCCAUUUACGUCAGAAGUUGGAAAUUGGAGCUGCGUUCCACAUCACACCCGGGGAUACAUAGUUGGAGAGCUUAGGAUUUCAACAUAGCAGCACCAAAGUAGCCAUAUCUCUUACGAACAUAGUUUUAGGGUUUACUUUCCAUAAGUAAUACACCCUAACUGCAGACAAUCACCGUUUCUCCCACUUUCAGAGCGAUGAGUCCAACUUUAGAUUUUUCUGACUGCGAAGUCGGAAUUUUCACAUUAUGACUAAAAGUGGAAAUUCUCCAUAUGACUGUAAAAAAUUGUUUGUAGCACUGAUGAACUAAAUUUAACUAUAUUUAAGUUCAUAAAUCAGUUUCCUGGGUCUUUAACAAAAUUUCAAAAACAUUUAAUUCAACUUAUUAUGCUUAAACCUGUUUGAAAGGAAGAAAAGGGCUCCUUUUAUCAUAAGAUACUGUACUUCUGUUUGGUUUUAGAAUAAAUCACAGCAAUUAAACUGCUUUAAACAACCUGCAUGUUAAUGGCUUUAUCUCUAUACUAAGUCUCAGUUCUCCAUUCAGCACACAGACUAGGAAAUUUCAUUGGAAUUGAAAUUGGUACAAGUCUAAUGUAUGCGAUUGAUUCCACUUUGUGUUGGUUCACAGCAAAUCACCCACUACUUCCAGAAUCAGUUGUAGUAUCACACAUGAAUAUUCACUUGGAUCCCCUCUGUAUCAUUCUACAUACAUCAUCAAACACAUUAUGCAAUUUCAUUUCUACACAAAUGACACCUAAAUAAAACUGAAAGAAACUAACUAAUUCCAAUGUUUUGAAAAGCCAUGGAGUGAUUUUUGACCCGAAGCUUUCCUUCAAUUUGCACCUUCUUUGAGUUGCUGGAACGAUCAUCUGUGCAAAACUGCAAAAAUAAAAAUAAAAAAUUACACGUACAUCCAAUAUGGAAGCCAUGCAUCUAGUUCAAUCUGAAUUUAAAGUUGUUUGGUGACUAAACAGUAAAGCAGUUCUUGUUUUUUUCUUAUUGAUUGGCUUUCAAUUGGUAGGAAAGAGAAUAUUGAUUAGUAAAAUUUGAAAAUUAAAUGGUUUUAUGUCUAAUCAUAAGAUAAAGGAUGUAAAUAUAAACGUAUACCCACUGCAUUAAUUAUGUACUGAAAGAUUUAUCCUUUUGAAAAUAAAAGAAAAAAAAUUCACAAAAUAA